AUGUCCAGACAAAAAACUUUUAUCGAUAUUUCAAUUGGCGGCCAAUCAAAGGGUCGUAUCGUCUUUGAAUUGUUUAAUGAUAUAGUUCCAAGAACUACAGACAAUUUCUACCAUUUAUGUGCCGGUGAUGAAGGGAUGUGCAAAUCUGAUCCAUCAAUCCCACUAUCAUACAAGGAUUCUCUCUUCCAUCGUGUGAUCCCAGAUUUUAUGCUACAAUUUGGUGAUUUCACAAAAGGUGAUGGGACCGGUGGUGAAAGUAUAUAUGGUGAAAAAUUUGAAGAUGAAAAUUUCACUAUGAAACACGAUGAACCAUUCCUAUUAUCAAUGGCAAAUGCAGGUCCAAACACAAACGGAUCCCAAGUGUUUAUUACUUGUGCUCCAACUCCUCAUUUGGAUGGGAAACAUGUUGUCUUUGGGAAAGUCAUCCAGGGGAAAAGAAUCGUUCGUUUAAUAGAAAAGAAUCAAACUGAUAAAGAAAAUGAUAAACCUAUUAGAGACGUUAAGAUUACCGAUUGUGGUGUUUUGCCAGAUGAUUACAUAGUCCCUGAAAACGCUGAAGAAACACCUGUUGAUGAAUUCGGAGAUAAUUAUGAAUCUUCAUUGAAGGAUGACACUAAAGUCGAUUUGAACGAUUUUAUGUCUGUAUUGACUGCAAUUGAAUUUGUUAAAAAUAUUGGUACUGAACAAUUCAAGAAACAAAAUUAUACUGCUUCUUUGGAGAAAUAUCAAAAAUGUGAUAAAUUCUUAAAGGAAUACUUCCCAGAAGAUUUACCUGAAGAACGUAUGAAGAAGAUAGAUGGCUUGAAAGUUGCAAUCCCACUAAAUAUCGCUUUGGUCGCAUUAAGAUUGAAAGAAUAUAGUGUUGUGUUGACUGCAAGUUCCGAGGUCCUAUAUGCCGGUGCUGCAGACGACGUCUCAAAGGCUAAGGCUCUAUACCGUAGAGGUCUAGCAUAUGCAGCUGUAAAGGAUACAGACAUGGCAUUGGCUGACUUGGAGAUGGCAGCAACAUUCCAUCCUCAUGACGCAGGUAUUCAAAAGGCGAUUAAGGACACAAAGGAACAAAGACGUUCUCAAGUCGCUGAGCAAAAGAAAUCUUUGUCUAAGAUGUUUUCUUAA